CGCCGUCUCCCGCGCCGGGCAGCGGCGCGCACAGGGCCAUUUGCAGCGCAGGCAGCCUCACGAGCGGCCGCGGCGCGCCGGCCUGGAGCGAGGCGGCACUAUGGAGCUGAAGAAGGACAGCAACGCCGUGUCCAUCGACAUGCUGCUGAUCGUGCACUCGGAGAAGCGGCGCGCCGCGCAGGGCGCGCACUCGGACCGGCAGGCGGACCCGGGCGCGCUGCUCCAGCGCAGAGGAGGGCUCCAAGGCAUUGGAAACGGAAUCCGGAGAUGGCAGAAAUUGGAAGAAAUCGACCUGCACGGCAACCUGGCAGAGAAGCAGCAUCCUCAACAGACCCAGAUCAUCACUUCCUAUGACAACCAAGGGACACAGCUGACUGUGGAGGUCCACCCUCGAGACGCCAUGCCCCAGCUGCUCAAGAAGUUCUCCUUGGCUAAACGUUUACAAGGUGAUAAAAAUGGAAACACAAGACCCCGGCAGCCUGGAGGGAAAGAUGCCCAUGCCUACCCCUGGGAUCGGUCCAGCCUGAAAUCCAUGCCUCUGGACCUGCGGCAGUUUGAGAAACUGGACACCUAUGCCUCACAGGUGACGGUCAAGAGUGGCCUGGACGAGCUGGUGAGCGACCUGCUCCAGGAGGCCCACAGUGACCUGGAGAGGGUCCGCGCCAUCUGGAUCUGGAUCUGCCACCACAUAGAGUAUGACAUCGAGGCUGCCCAGGAGAAGGAUCGCCAGGCCUUCAAACCCACUGACAUCCUGCGGACCCAGAAGACCAACUGUGACGGCUACGCCGGGCUCUUUGAGAAAAUGUGCAGGAUCGCUGGAGUGCAGUGCAUGACCGUGCCCGGCUACUCCAAGGGCUUUGGCUACCAGACGGGGCAGAGCUUCUCCGGGGAGUUUGACCAUGCCUGGAAUGCCGUGUACCUGGACGGGAGAUGGCACCUGGUGGACAGCACCUGGGGCAGUGGCCUGGUGGAUUCCGCCACCUCCAAAUUCACCUUCCUCUACAAUGAAUUCUACUUCCUUACCCAUCCUGCACUGUUCAUCGAGGACCACUUUCCAGACAACAAGAACUGGCAACUGCUAAAACCUCCUCAAUCCCUGAGGCAGUUUGAGAGCAACAUGUAUCACAAGAGUGAAUUCUACAACAAGGGGAUGCUGAGUGCCCAGCCAGAGACUUCCACGAUCAAAACAGUGAACGGGAAGGCCAUGGUGACCAUUGAGAGCUGUGCCCCAACGCUGUUCAUGUUCAUGCUCAAUGGCAAGCAGGAGCAUGGGCUGCUGAGCCUCCGGAAGAAUGGGAUGAAGCUGGAGGUGUACCCUCCCACUGUGGGCACCCACAAGCUGCAGAUCUUUGCCAAAGGCAACUCUGACGUCUACAGCUCGGUGCUAGAGUACACCCUCACGUGUAACCAUGUGGACGUUGAUGUCCAGCUGCCCACUGAGCUGCACCAGCCUGUGGGCCCCAGCUGGUUCUCGGAGCAGAUGGGCAUCAUGAAGCCCUCCCACCCGCACCCCAUCAUCCACACCAGUGACGGGCGCUGCUCCGUCAGCUUCGAUGUGGAGGAGGGCGUCAGCGUCCUGGCUUCCCUGCAUGGGGACGAUGGCCUCAUCACUGAGGAGACGCAGCGGCGCUACAUCUUCCAGCUGCAGCGGGAGAAGCGGACAGAGCUGAAGGUCCAGCUGCCCCACGCCGGCAAGUUUGCCCUCAAGAUCUUCGUCAAGAAGAGGCAGGAACCCGGCAACUACCUCUUCGUCUUCAAUUACCUUCUGUGCUGCACCAACACCAAGGUGAACUGGCCCGUGUUCCCCGAGAGCUUUGGCAACUGGGGGCAGGACAAUGAGCUGCUGGAGCCUCUGACAGGCGUCCUUCCCGCCAACCGGAAUGUCCCAUUCAAACUGAAGCUGCACGGCAUCGCCAAAGCCCUGGUGAAGGGGCAGGACACGUGGCCUCUGACCCUGAACAGCGAGGGCUACUGGGAGGGCAGCUGCAGCACAGCCGGCUGCCAGGAGGUCUACGUUAUGGUGCUGGAGAACGCCAACCACAACUUCUACUCCUACAUCCUCAAGUACAAGGUCAACGCCCAGUGAGGGCCCGGGGCCCCCUCACACCUCCCAGAGGGCCACAGCCAGGCCUGCCCGGGAGGGCCCAAGGGAAGUGCAGAGAUCCCUGGACACCACUGAGUCUGCAUGAAAUCACUUCUAGGCCUCUGCCUCACUUUCCCCACUCUGCCGCAGGAGCUGUGAUGUUUGUGUUCUGAUGGCUUCUCUGAUUGUGGCGAUGGCCGUGGGGACAGAGGCAAAGGUCCUUUAGAAGAAACAGGUGCUAUGUAAAUCCAAGGUAUUGUAAACUG